AAGAUUCCUAUGAAAGGAGGUUCUACGUAGAUGACGAAGAAGUCACCCUUACGUUGUACGACAUCUGGGAUCAGGCAGAUCCUGGAGAAUGGAUGCAAGAAUCCUGUCUCCAGACGGGCGAUGCCUUCCUGGUGGUGUUCUCGGUGACUGACCGGCGCAGUUUCACCAGGGUGCCCCCAACCCUCUUGCGCCUGCGGGCAGGAAGCCCUCGGACCGAUCCCCCCAUUAUCCUGGUGGGGAACAAGAGCGACUUGGCCCGUUCCCGGGAAGUCUCCAGGGAAGAAGGCCGCAGCCUGGCGGUGAUGAUGAACUGCAAACACAUUGAGACCUCAGCAGCCUUGCAUCACAACACGGAGGAGCUGUUCGAAGGGGUCGUGCGCCAGAUCCGCCUGCGCCGCUGUCGGCGCGAGGGGGAUCCCUUGAGCCGGGAGGGAGCCGUCGGCCGUCGCGAAAGCAUCACUAAAAAAGCUAAGCGGUUCCUCUCCAGCCUGGUGCCCCGCAACGGACGCUUCUUCAAGCAAAGAUCCAAAUCCUGCAACGACCUUUCAGUGCUAUGA